AUGUCAAGCUCAACCAGAGACUACAUUAUAAUCGGCGGGGGGCUUGCCGGAUGCGCACUCGCCAGCCGGCUUUAUGAAAAGAACAACUCACUCAAUAUCCUGAUCAUAGAGGCCGGAGCCAACGCCGUCGGCCACCCCCUCACCGGCGCCCCCCUUGCGUGUUUCGGUGCCCAUCAUUCCCCCCUCGACUGGGCCUAUACCACGGUACCACAGAAGCAUCUCAACGGCCGGGAAUGCUACAACAGCGCAGGCAAGGCCCUUGGGGGUAGUUCUGCCACAAACUACGGUACCUGGACUCGCGGAAAUGCCGCCGACUAUGACCGCUGGGCGAAGUUAGUCGGCGAUGAUGGUUGGAGUUACAAAGGCCUGCUACCGUACUUCAAGAAAACUGAAACACAUUUCGAUGGCACAAAGGCUGAUCCGGCCACGCAUGGUACCGAUGGACCAAUACACAAUACUUCGGUCUCUGCUAGUAGCUCUGACAGGAGGUACGGUUUGAGGGAGACGCUGCGGGAGGCUUGGGCCAGGGUCGGCGUGGAAUAUGUGCCAGACGCAAACGCGGGAUCGCCGCUAGGGCUGGGGGAGUUAGUGGAGAAUUGGCGUGCAGGCCAACGACAGAUUUCGAGUGAGGCAUAUGGUAUAUUUAACUGUCCCGGGAUUACCGUCAUGACCGAGACGAUGGUACAGCGAGUUAUUCUCGAGGAUCGGGAUGGCAAGAAAGAGAAAGUCGCAACGGGAGUAGAAGUGGUAGGCGGAGAGAAAUACUUCGCAUCACGAGAAGUCAUUGUCUCGGCUGGUGCAUAUCGCACACCCCAGGUGCUGAUGCUCUCUGGGAUUGGGCCGGCAGAGAUCGCAAACCACAAUAUCACGCAACUGGUCAAUGCGCCGGGCGUUGGCUGCAACCUUCAUGACCACUUCUCGUUUGUGCGGUGGUGGAAACUGCGCCAUCCGGAGCAAGGCUUGUCCAUGGGUACUCCGUUAUGGAAGAGCCCAGCGUAUGCGUUGGGUCUCCCGGCUGACUGGAAUGUCACUGUGCAAGCUCCACGUGAGAUAUUGAUGGAGGCAUUGAGGGCGGACGGUGAGAACGAAUCGGCUCUUGGGAAGCACCCUUAUCUUGCCCCUGAUUCCUGCCAUGCUGAGAUUCUCAUUGUUUACGCCCCUGCUGGUGCAGCUGUUGCGGGUGCUGAUAUCCCGAUGGAUGGCACCCAUGUUGCGUCAGCUAUUCUAGACAUGGUCCCUACUUCGCGAGGCCAUGUUACCAUAGCGUCGAGCGACCCAAUGAUCCCGCCUCUUAUCGAUCCAAACUAUUAUUCCACUGAAGUUGAUCGUGCGAUCCUUCGGGCCGCCAUUCGACAGGUAACACAAGUUCUCCGAGAGACACCUGAAGGUAGAGCGAUGAUCGAAUGUGAGACGCCACAUCCUGGGUUUAACCCGCUAGGGCCCGACGCCACAGAUGAAGAAAUCGACGCUCAAGUGAAACAAGGGGGGAAUACAUUCUAUCAUCCAGCUGGCACAGCGUCAAUGGGGAAUGUUGUAGAUACUGAGCUCCGUGUGAAAGGCGUCGAGGGUCUCAGGGUAGUCGAUGCCAGCAUCAUACCGUUGCCGAUAACAGCACACUACCAGGCAGUGGUAUAUGCAAUUGCAGAGAAAGCUGCAGAUAUUAUAACUAACUAA